CAGAGGACCCGGAGGAGAUCCGUCUCCUGGCCCAUCACGACGCUCUCCUCCAGGAGCCCCACAGUGUGCCUGUGCGUGAGGCCUCGUCAUCCCAGUUGGGAACUCCACCACCCCCCGUACCACCCGAACCCCCCGAGGACGACAGGAUGGAGGUGCAGCAGGCUGAGGAGGAUGAAGACGUCAUUGGGCCAGACGGUCACCCCGGUUACCAACACGUGGUGGCCCUGGCCCACAGCCUCGUGGAGCUGCGUCAACAUGCCUUCGUUACCGCUCGUCAGUCCAGGGAGGUUGUCACUCUCUGGGAGAAGCUGACUGAGAGGGACAAGGCACCAGUGACUCUCCCCCGCCGCUGCCACCAGGACAGGCUGGUCCAAGGCCGCUUCAAGACCAGCAACCGGCACGCUCACGCACCAGGAGUGGAGAGUGUGAAGUGUGUCACCCUGAGUCAGGGCACAGGAGCGGCACAGUCUCCUAAAGCCAGCAGGCUUGUUGAAGCCAUCAUGCUGGAGCUGUGCCGCAUUCACACCCGUGACACCAGGACGCUCACCGGGGUCCACAACAACCGCUGGGCUGGCGUCAUGAGGGACUACAAGCACAUCCAGGACAACGUGGUCAACUGUCCUGCCCUCAUGGCGUGCACCCGGGUCCAGCUGUAUGAUGUCAAUCAGCAGACCCUGUCGAUGUGGCACAAUCAGAGGAGCAAGGCGAUGACGAGGGACACCAUCACCAUCGCAGUUCCGGGGUCCAGCGCUCCCCAGACCACAGCGGAGCCCCUGCCUGCCCCACGGACUCUGCUGCAGGACCCCCAACAGCCAGACCAGCCCCUUGCGCACCACCUGCCCGCAGAUGCCUCGGGCCUGGCUGUCACUAUCAGAGGGCCGCUGGCCCCGGAACUGUUUGACCUCAUCGUCGACCACCAGAGUGCCACCACCUCCUCAGUGUCAGCCCCACCAGUGGAACCAGCUUCUACAAAAGCCACUGCUCCAACCGUCACUCCAGUCACCAUCGCUGGAGCCAUUCCCCGAUCUACUGCCUGGAGGCGCCGGGUCGACGCUGAGAUGGAGCGUCGUGCCCAGGAGCUACGGAACUUCGCAAAGCCCUACAGGAAGGUUCCCCAAUUUAUGUGCAGGCGCUGUGGCCAGCCAAAGACAAAGCAGUAUGGCCACAGCCGCUACAAACGGGGGACCUUCUGUGCCCAGGCUGACGGGGGGACUGUGGAGCAGUGGCUGUCGGCAAUGAAGGACAGAGAGCGCGAGGAGGCUGCUGCUGCUGCUGCUGCUGCCGCCGCCGCCGCCGCCGCCGCCGCUGCUGCUGCAUCCACCGCCCCCGCCAACACCAACACCACCCCUAACCGCACCAUAUUCCCAGCACCCUAAAAAAUGUGUAUAUACUGUAAAUAUGUAAAUAAAAA